AUGGCGAAGAACGGCAACGGCAAGCGCAAGGGGUCGGACAUCGAUCUCGACAAGAUCAUUGCGGCAAAGAAGCAGCAGCAGACCCCUCUGUCCUUCUAUGUCACCGCUGGGCUCCUCAACGCAAUUGUCCCCGUUUUUCUGUUUGCCACGGUGUUGAUGCUUGAUGUCAUCUCCAACGCCAUCGUUGUCGUCAUCGGCAUUGCCGUGACGGUUGCCAGCCUCCAGUACGCAUACCAGAACGUUUCUCGGAAGCUCAUGGACAAGAUCGCGCUGAAGCGCCGCGAAGCUGCACACAAGCUUGUGCUUCAGGAGCGCAAGCAGGGCAAGGGCCAGGGCCUUGAUGUCGAUUCCAUGUGA